CGUAUCUACGAAAUUUAUCAAAACGAAGCAGAAAACAUUGAGAAUGAUUGCGGUAGCACUAUUCCUCUGCGCAUGCGCGGCGUACUGGGUGUGGCGUCGGAAGGACACGAAGGACACGGAGCCGCCGCGCUACCCCGGGGCAUGGCCCAUUAUCGGCAAUCUGCACGCGUUGUUCGGGAAUAGUUGUAGAAUUUGGACCCGGUUAAACAUAAUUUCAGAAAAGCUCCAUGAAAUGGGGGGCGUUGUCACCGCCAGCUUCGGACCACAAACUGUUUAUAUUGCGUGCGAUCCUGAUGAUGUCUUCACAAUAACCAAUGCCUGUUUAGCUAAGGACGAUCUUUAUGAUUUCGGGAAACCAUUUUUAGGUGAAGGUUUAGUCACUGCAAAGGCUUCAAUAUGGAAGAACCACCGCAAGCUGCUGAACCCCUCGUUCAACCAAUCCCUGCUGGACACCUUCAUGGGCGUGUUCAACAGUCAGUCCCGGAAGCUAGUGCAGGAAAUGGAGAAGGAGGACGGGAAGGGUCCCUUCGACCCCUGGAUAUACACGCGAUGCAACGCUUUGGAAACUAUUUGUUUGACGUCGCUUGGAGUCGAGUUCACCGAGAUGAACAUCAGCCCGAUGCAGUACCUAGAUGCUAUGGAAAAGAUGUUUUCUGCAACGAUAGAACGCAUCAUAAAGAUUUGGUGGCACAGCCCCUAUACCUUCGCGUUUAGUCUUCUCAAGAUGAAGCAGGAUGAAUGUAUCAAAGUCUUACAUAAUAUGUCUAACACGGUUUUACAAAAGAGAAAAUCGGAGUAUGCACGAAAAGUGAAUGCUGUAAGAAGUACUACUUCAGGAAGCAAGUUCAAACCAUUUUUAGACCUCAUCCUAGAGCUGUCAGCUGAGAAGGGUGUGUUUAAUGAUACUGAGAUACGGGAACAAGUGGACACAAUGAUCUUCGGCGGCCAUGACACUUCAUCUCUUGUGCUCGUGUAUGCAAUGAUAUUGCUUGGAUCCCAUCGCGAGGCUCAGGAGAAGACUUUCAAGGAAAUCCAAGAAGUUCUCGGUGAUGGGGACAGGGAUGUGGAGAAGACUGACCUGUCGAAGCUCGUCUACGUGGAGGCGGUGUUGAAGGAGACCAUAAGGGUGUACACUAUAGCACCGGUCAUCGCCAGGAAGCUCGAUAAAGAUGUUAAGCUGAAAAACUACACGCUUUCAGCGGGAAGGUCGUGUUACCUGUUCUUGUUCGGUAUUCACAAGCACCCGAUGUGGGGCCCGGACGUGCACGAGUUCAAACCGGAGCGGUGGCUGGAGCCGGGCCGGCUGCCGGACAACCCCAACGCCUUCGCCGGCUUCAGUUAUGGCAGACGAAAUUGUAUCGGUAAAGCCUAUGCGCUUAUGUCAAUGAAAACAAGCCUGGCGCAUUUAAUACGUAGGUACCAGGUUAGUGCUGACCACACGAAAAUGCAACUCAAGAUGGAAGUGAUUCUGAAGCCACACUCAGGAUAUUUUGUCAGUAUCGAAAAGAGAACGAAAACAAUCAACCACGGUUAGAGAGAGCAAACGGCGCAGGGAUAUCGACUUGCCACACCGAAGAUGCAAAAUAGUCAAUUAGUGAAGAGAAAAAUGUUGCAUGACAGGUCAAGAAACAUUUGUUCGUAUUUCAUACCUAUUUAAGCAUGUAAUCGAUUCGUAUUCAUUAAAUUUAAAAUGUCGAAAUAUAUUUUAAAACUGGCAGAAAGAUUAUGAAAAAUGAAUAAUGCAAGAUGUAAAAACAGGGGCCUUAUGUAUUA